GCUGUACUCGGCCGUCCAACCCGUGAGUUUUUGGUUGGAGCUGGGCGCUUUCGAAGGGGGAUCGGCGAUCCUCACUGCACAGCGGGUGAACCUGCACGGCUUGAAUACGUCUGUUGUUGCCGUGGACACGUUUCUUGGGGAUGCUCACGUUAUUUGGGAGAGGACGAGGGAGGAGAGGUUUAGAAAGAAUCUACUGCGUCCUGACGGCACGGUCGCUCUUUACGACCGAUUUCGGUCCAAUGUUCAUGAUGCUGGGCUCCAGAUGUGCAUCCUGCCCUUGCCCGCAACAUCUGUUGUGGCGCUGAAGUUGAUGGCAUCCCUGGCUGCAAGGCAUGUCACGCCGCUUCCGCAAGUAAUUUACCUAGACUCUGCCCAUGAGGGCGGCGAAGUUUUACUGGAGCUGCGCUUGGCCUGGAAGGCUCUGUCUCCCGGUGGAAUCCUCUUCGGGGAUGACUGGGUCUUCGCUGCCGGGGACAACUGUGUGCAGGAGGACGUGCUGAAGUUUGCUGCGGAGGUGGAGGCAGAUCUGGAUGAUGACCUGGGGAAAGAGGUUCAGGGUCUGCGUACGCUGGGCCGGGUUCGGGCUGGGGUCUUCGUCUCCUACCAGAGCUUCCAGUGGUUCAUGCGGAAGCGGCUCGUGGCCCAAGCGGAGGCGACGAGAGAGCGUGCUGACCCAGGUUCAGGCUAUUCUUGCUGGUCUGACGGGUUUGAUGCCAAACUCUGCUGUGACGAGAAGAAGUAUGGGCCAGGUGGGGAAGCCUAG